CAUACUUGGUGGUUCUAAACAAACCAAUCGGGGGCAAGAAAUAAAAAAGAACAAUAGGAAAUAAUAUACCUACGAAUAUUUAAAGCAUCGUCGCUCGCACACUUGAAAUUUCUUAUCAGUUUUUCGGUUUUUAUCCAUCCGUUCGCCUAGCCGGUAUCGAGAUCAUUUCGAGUAGUGAUCUCUCGCGAAGUGGUCUAUCACAUUCUCGUUGGCUGUGAAAAGAAUUUUUUUAUCGUAGUGCCGCUCCUUACACCCCUUCGCAUCCUUUUACCUAUUUUAUCUUUUUUCUGUUUAUUAUUUUUUUAAUUUGUGAUUUUGUUUUUUGUGUUUUAUCUUUGGUUUUUAUAAAGUUUUAUUUAUUGGUCUGGCUUGGAGGAGAUACCUUCGGAAAUAUGCAUUUAGGGGACAUGGAGGGUGUGGGAUUUGCGAUAGGCUUAGGUAUUUUGCAAACCUUGGCCUUCAUCUACGACGUCCUCACGUUCCCCAUCUACGUCCUCCUCCAAAGGCCAUGGCGACAGAGACAGAUGGCUCGGAAAAUCAAGGCAUUUAUCGCGUCAGCGGAAAAGGAAGGUAAAAACGAUGUUUCCAUCGAUAUCCAGGACUCCGCUAAUAAUAAUGUGGCCAUUAGGCCGAUUAAAAUGAAGUUUCAGUCACAACCCAUAACACAGGAUACCAAAAGUAUCACCUAUCGGUCAACUACGCAACCAAGCCCGCUUCAUGUAUCCCUACUUCGCGAAAAGAUCGAUACUAUGGCUAAACUUAUGGAUUUCAUCAAUAAGAAAUAUCCAAACAAAAGAUGUCUUGGUACCAGAGAGAUCCUGGGUGAAGAUGAUGAAGUACAACCCAACGGCAGAGUAUUUAAAAAGUUCAAUAUGGGCGAAUAUCGGUGGAAAACAUACUCAGAAAUCAACGCUUUAGCCACAAAUUUUGGUCGUGGACUGAGAGAACUGGGAUGCCAACCUAAAGAAAACGUAGUUAUUUUUGCCGAAACUAGAGCCGAAUGGAUGAUAGCCGCACAUGGACUGUUCAAACAAAACAUUCCUUUAGUUACUAUUUACGCUACAUUAGGAGAUGAAGCUAUAGCACAUGGUAUCAAUGAAACCCAAGUCAGGACUGUGAUAACUUCGUACGAAUUAAUGCCCAAGUUUAAGAAAAUCCUAGCGCUCACUCCUACAGUUAAAACGCUAGUCUACAUGGAGGACCAGCUGAGGGAUUUGGAUAAGACUGGAUACAAAAGUGAUAUUGAUAUUGUUAGUUUUACUGAUGUUGUGAAGAAAGGCAGAGAAUCGAAAAUAGAGUCCCAACCCCCAGACACGGAAGAUAUUGCCAUUAUUAUGUACACUAGCGGCUCUACAGGUGUACCAAAAGGUGUAAUGAUCCUGCACAAGAAUUUGAUAACUACGUUAAAAGCUUUCUGCGACGCUACUGAAAUCUACGAGACGGACGUUAUGAUCGGGUUCUUACCAUUGGCGCACGUGUUUGAAUUAUUGGUCGAAACUAUCUGUCUGUGUGCCGGCGUAGCUAUUGGAUAUUCGAGUCCUCUUACUAUGAUAGAUUCGUCCAGCAAAAUUAAAAGGGGUACUAAAGGAGAUGCAGCUGUUCUACAACCAACUUGUAUGACCAGCGUCCCUCUCAUCCUCGACAGAAUUGCAAAAACCAUUCAAGAUAGAGUAACCAAAAGUAGUGGCUUUAAGAAAUUGAUCUUUAAAUUUGCAUUUGAUUAUAAAACCAAAUGGAGAAGGAGAGGAUACCGUACCCCGCUUAUUGAUAGAUCUGUAUUUGGUCCAAUUCGUCAGUUACUCGGUGGUCAUUUGAGGUUAAUUAUUUCUGGUGGCGCUCCACUAUCUCCAUCUACCCACGAAUUGAUCAACAAUUGCCUGUGCAUCACGAUUAUGCAAGGUUAUGGAUUAACCGAAACCACAUCAUGCGCUUGCGUCCAAGAUUUUCACGAUCCACAAUAUGGACGAGUUGGCGCUACAACAACGGUUUGCGAAGUGAAAAUCGUCAAUUGGGAAGAAGGAAACUACAGGGUCACAGACAAACCAUAUCCCAGAGGUGAAAUUAUUAUUGGUGGCGAUAAUGUUAGUGCAGGAUAUUACAAAUUACCGGGUAAGACUGAAGAAGACUUCUACGACGCAGAUGGAAAGAGAUGGUUUAAGACAGGCGAUGUAGGUGAAGUCCAUGACGAUGGCGUCGUCAAAAUCAUUGAUCGUAAGAAGGAUUUGGUUAAACUGCAAGCUGGCGAAUAUGUAUCAUUAGGAAAGGUGGAAUCCAUCCUCAAGACCUGUCCACUGGUGGACAAUAUCUGUGUAUACGGCGAACCUACUCAGUUAUAUUGCGUAGCUCUCGUUGUUCCGAAUCAACCACAACUCAUGGAAUUGGCCCAAAAGGUUGGAGUGGAGGGAAAAUCUUUCGAGGAACUCUGCGAACUACCUGAAUUGGAAAAAGCGGUCUGUGCCGAAUUGGCUGAACAUGGAAAGAAAGGUAAACUGCAGAAGUUCGAAAUUCCUCACGCCGUCAAGUUGGUGGCUGAAGUAUGGUCUCCAGACAUGGGCUUGGUAACAGCAGCGUUCAAAUUAAAACGGAAAGAUAUUCAAGAUCGUUAUCAGUGCGAUUUAAGAAGAAUGUACGCCUCUUGAGAUGUUUAAAAUCCACAUUUUUUUUGUAGACAGUGUUCAGGACGUUACAUGAUCUUUUUUUUUCACGUCGUCGUCAGAAAAUUCAUUUUUGCUUACAACAGUGCUUGUAAACAAAAACUUACUAAAAAUAAAAAAUCUCCAGUAGCUAUUCACACAGAUAUAAUAAUAUAUAUUUUAACAUAGACAAUUUUCGUACUCUACUUAGGUUUAAUUUUAGAAAUGCAAUAACACUGGCAGAUUUUUUACUUAUUAUUUCUAUAUUAAAACCACUUUAAUAUAGUCAAUUAAAGUUUAGGUCUUUUAAUAUUAAGCUGUUUAUUUUUGUGUCUGUUUUGUUUUGUACUCUAUUGUUUGUUGAAUAUUUUGAAUCUUCCUAAAGACUGUAGGUAUGGGCGCUGAUAGAUUUCUCUAAAUAUGUAGUUUUUUCAUAGAUUGCCGUGUCAAAACAUAUUUAGUUUAAUCCAGCACAAAUCAGUUUAAUGAUAAUUAUUUGUUAUAUGUAAGUUAUUUUUUUCUGGUUAUGAAAUGUAGAUUUCAUUAUUUACACAAUUGUUUUUAUAAAAUGCUUGUCAGGUAGAAGAUUGAUAACCUUUUUAGAGACAAGUACUUAUUAAUUGUAGGAGAAAAAGUUGUAUUAUUUUUUAAAAUUGUAAAUAAGUGCUAUUUUUUAUUUUUAGCAAUUCAGCUAAGAAAUUAUCUGUAUUUAUUUAAAAUAAAAUAAGAUAAAGUUUGGA